GCCCACCAUGCUAUUACCGCCCAGCUCCGUAGCGAUUAACGGACCGUCGCAAGUGACCACGUACCGAGCUCACUGAGGCUUGCUUACGACUACCAUGUCAGCGAACUUCGCCGUACCCGAAAACCCGGGGCGUGUCCUGAGCAUCCAGUCGCACGUCGCGUUCGGCUAUGUGGGCGGUAAGGCAGCGGUGUUCCCCCUGCAAUGCCUGGGGUACGAUGUGGAUGUCGUAAAUACGGUGAACUUCUCGAAUCACUCGGGAUAUGGACGCUUCGGUGGGACGCGCGCGUCUGCAGCAGAUCUGCGCAGCAUCUUCGACACGAUGGAGCAGAAUGAACUGCUGGCACAGGAUAGAUUACUGACUGGUUAUAUACCUGGUGCAGAGGCGCUCUCUGCGGUUGCAGACUUUGCGACCAAACUCAAGGAGAGGAAUCCGAAGGCGACAUACUUGCUUGAUCCGGUCAUGGGCGACGCCGGGAAGCUUUACGUCGCGGCGGAUGUCAUCCCUGUGUACAGGGAUCUUCUGCAUCUUGCAGAUAUCAUCACUCCCAAUUGGUUUGAGGUCGAGACACUCACAGAUACCCCAAUCCGCGACAUGGACACUCUUCGCACAUCCCUACGCGUGCUCCACGACCGAUACAAAGUCCCCCACGUCGUCCUCAGCUCCAUACCCCUUACACCAUGGCUGCUCGACGCCCUCCCCGCGUCGCUUCGCCCCACCACCCAUACCGAUCAGCUCCUCUGCAUCACGUCCGACGCCGCAGAGGGAACCGUCCACGCACGCUGCGUCACCCUCAUCCCCGGCUACUUCUCCGGCGUCGGAGACAUGUUCUCGGCCCUCACGCUCGCGCACUUCGUACCCGAAACGGGGGAGAGCGCGCUCGCGAAUGCAGUCUCGUUCGCUCUCGCGAAGACGCAUGCGGUCCUGGAGCGUACGCACGAGUACGCCUUGAAGCUGCCCGAGGAUGAGCGCCAGCCGACGGACGACGAAAAGGACAUUGCAGAGCCGCUUCGGAAGACGCGUCGUAUGCGGGGAAGAGAGCUGCGUCUGAUUCAGUCUCAAGACAUACUUCGUCGACAGGAGCUAGACACUAGCGAGCGUAUGCUGAUCUGGGAAAACUUCUGGUAGACCAGAAAAUGUAACAAAUAUCUAUCUUAUUCCAUGAUUAUUCGCUUGUG